AUGGUGUUUUUUCACAAAAACGCUUGGGCCCUAAUGCUGAAAGAGCUGAUUGAUGAAGACGAUUUCUGUAGAAAGGUGAGGAUGUCCAAAGAGGCAAAUACUAAAACUGGGUUCUACUCGCUUUUUUAUAUUUUACUACAUGAUCCAUCUCUACAAGUAUUAGAGAGUCUUCUUUCUAACUACACAUUACAGGAUGUUGUGAAUGGUCUUAAACACCUCAUUAAGUUCAAGUUUGAUAGAUUGACUAAGGAAGCCUAUGAAAACAUACUUCUUGUAGUCCAAAUGAUGCUGGGCUAUGAGGAAAAUAUAGACACACUAAUCAUAAAUCUUUUGCGGCACCACCUGGUUGAGGAGGUGUAUUCGAUGUACAAAGAUAAUCCAAAAUACUUCAGUAAUCAUCCAAACAGCUUAAUGUUUUUGGUGUUUUUCUGUGCACAAAGUAAUUCAAAAAGAGACGUUUUUGAAGAUUCAAACUUCACCACACGGGAUUUUUUAUUCACGACUGUAAAGGAGAUGGUUACAAAUCCUCACUUCGAUGAAUACAAGAAAAAGAGGGCAAAGAAGGAGCUCAGAGAUAAAAACCCUGAGUAUCCUGUCUUUCCAUUUACGCCCUAUUUUUCCUCUAGACAGCUUCUUUCAACAUUGUUUACGCCCACACCCUUAAACAUCCUAUCCUCACAGCUUUCUGCGGACCUGGAGAUGAACAUUAUGUUUAUCUUAGAACAUGAUCAAAACUUCGAGUUCCAUCUGAGCCUCCUCUUCAAAAAUUAUAUAAGAAGUGAAGAUGAUGCUUGCAGAGUUUUGAGGUUUAUGGUAAACAUUCCGUACCCACAAAACAUUGGAAGGCUUGCCAACUCGCUUUUGGAUAAAUAUCCAUCGUCAUAUCUUGCACUGAUAUACGACAUGCUUUUUUGGAAUCAGAAGGAAAGAUUGAAUGGAAAUCUGAUAGAAUAUCUUAGAGGAAAUAGCAACAGAAUUGCAGCAAAACUGGAUUCCCUACAAGAAGAAUGGGGAGCAUUGAAGCUAGCAAUAAAAAGCACUAAGAAAAAGCAAGAACAUACAGUAGAAGAUGUGACUAGGAUGAUUCAUAGCCUUAACUUUCAGAAAUACUUUGGCCUGGUCAAGGAAAUGGAAAAAUGGGGAACGCCUAUAGUUCCAAAGGAAAUGUACGACAGGAUUAUAGAAGAUUCAUCUGACUGGGAUGGAUAUGCACAGGUUUACUUAUGGAAAAUAAUAGGGUUUCAAAAGAUUUAUCUAGGAUUUGACGUUGAAGUUCCCAAGAGAGUAGAAAGUUUAGAGGCAUUAGAAGGCCUCGAAAUUGUUAGAAAUCUCUCGAGUAUGGAAAAGAGGUCGUAA